GACUAAUAUAAAUAAUUAAAAAUUUGGUUCGCUUUGCAAUAUAUUUUUUAUAUUUGGAAAAGAAAAUAAAAAUCUUAAUUAUUAAACAAUUGCGCAACCUUAUAAAGAUCUAACUUAUUUGAUUAAGGAUAAGUACUAUUCAUUUUUAAUCAGCACGAUUUAAAUCAACGCUCUGUUGAAUUUUAAUGUGAUAGUGACUAAUCGAAACAAAACAAUUAGAAUUGAAAUGGCAGAUAUGGAAGAAUAUCAUAAUAUAAUAAAUUUUGGUGCUGGGCCAGCUAAAAUUCCCAGAGAGGUUCUUGAAGAAAUUAAAGGUGAACUGUUGUCCUUCAAUAAUACUGGAAUGAGCAUUACUGAAUUAAGUCACAGAAGCAAAGAGUAUAUGGAGAUAAAUCAGCAAACCCAAGAAUUAUUGAGGCAACUUCUAAACAUUCCUGCUAACUACUCAGUACUAUUUGUAGCAGGAGGAGGCCAAGGACAAUUUGCUGCGAUUCCGUUGAACCUAAUUGGUCGUACGGGUACAGCGGAUUAUUUGGUUACUGGAAUUUGGUCGAGAAUAGCAGCUGAAGAAGCCAAAAAUCACGGAAAUAUAAACAUUGCUGUAGAUUCUCAAGACGAACAUAGUAUUCCGGAUCCAAAAACGUGGAAACUGAAUUCCAACGCGUCUUAUGUAUACUAUUGUGACAAUGAUACCAUUCAAGGGGUUGAAUUUCCAUUUACACCAGAAACCAACGGUGUACCAUUAGUUGCAGAUAUGAGUUCUAAUUUCUUGACGAAACGUAUCGACGUCUCAAAGUUUGGUGUUAUUUUUGCAGCGUCUCAGAAAAAUUUAGGAACAGCAGGGAUUGCUGUCGUAAUAAUACGGAAUGAUCUUUUGGGCGAAGCACAAAAACAUUGUCCAAAUGUGCUCAAUUAUACUCUUUUGAGUAAAUAUACUUCGAUUUACAAUACACCACCUAUAUUUUCAGUAUACAUUUUGGGCAAAAUCCUCCAAUGGGUUAAAAAGGAAGGAGGGCUCGAUAGGAUGGAAUCUUUAUCUCGACACAAAUCGCAACUAAUUUAUGAAUAUAUAGAUCAAACAGAAGGAUUCUAUAAUAUAUUCGCAAAUAAACCAGUACGAAGUAAGAUUAACAUAUGCAUCAGAAUAGGGAAUUCAACAGGUGAUGCAGAUUUAGAAGAAAAGUUUAUACAAGAAGCAGAGCUGCACAAUAUGUAUCAACUACGAGGUCAUCACUUAGUUAAAGGAAUACGAAUCAGUUUAUUUAACUCUAUAACUAUAAAAGAAGUAAAGACAUUGCUAAAAUUUAUGAUAGAGUUUGAAGCAAAACAUAGGAAGUGACAGGAAAUACAUUAAUUUAUUGUUAUUUUUUGUACCAAUUUAAUAAAAAGUAAUGUUUAAUUAUUCUUGUUUUUAGAAAGAAAGGUUA